AUUCGUCAUCCUUGCGCACUCAGCCUUCACUGAAGACUACUGCCGAUCAAAGCUUCUCAUCGUGAUCCACCUCUACGGGCGCCCAGAGCCUGCACGAUAAGCACUCGAAGCGGUGCCACCCAGCUGGAACGCAACACCCCUCAUCGCUUGUCUCUGUCUGGCCGGUGCGAGGUAGAAGCGUGCACUCGCCUUCCCACCAUCAUCUCAAGCACCAUGACUUCCAUCUCAGUGCCUGCGAUUGGUUCGGCGCGAGGCUUAAAAUCCACAUUCGCUGUGUGUAAUCACGUCGCUGCCAGCAGGCGCUUUUCCAGUGCAGUCACGGCGCGACAAGACGCAGUUGCUGAUCAAGCCAGCAGUCGCAGUAGAAAGAAUCAGGACAAUUCCAAUCCGGGUCGCCCGCAGAGCAACAAGCAGCGUCCACCUCGUACCAUUGAGCGGCACAGACCGGAGAGCGUGAUCACAUCCGCCUCUCGCCCUCCUCAAAAGCGCGGCGACGACGUUUCUUCUUCUCCUACUUCUGCUGCCAGACUUCCUUUCGUGCUUCCAAAGACAGACUGGUGGAAUUCUGCGAAUACACAGCGGCCUGACCGACCUACGCUCCAACCAGUGGAGGACACACCCUGCCAAGCCGUACCUGCUCGACCAGCCGGCGCAGAGGGUGCCAUGCCCAAGUCCAAAACUCUGCGAGAUGCGAGGCAGAGUCUGCAAGUGCGCGUCAACUUUUCAGGCAAAUUCGGUCCGAGAAGAGGUCACGGAGCGAAACCGAUCGCUUAUAAUGGACCCUUGUCAUCCGUUCAGGAGAGAAGAGAGAUGGAGUUGAGAGAACGAGUUGCGGGUGAUGCGUCGCAGUACCAAUCUUCUACACUGCUCAAGCUCAACGAUACACAGGUCGUCAAGACGGCCGCGGAUGCGCUCUCUACCGACUCUCACAUGAAGCUGGAGCUGAAGUUUUGGACAGUCGAUAAGAUCAGGGAGCUGCAAGACGCACAGGCUAUUCAGGCUGCCAACGCCAAGUUGAUCCAUCAGCGCAAGACGACAGAGGUCGAGGUGAAGAGCAGCCCUACCCCCGAACCUGCCAAGGCGAAGGGCAAAGGAAAAGGAGGCAGAAAGUAGGCAUCGAUACGACCAAUAGCAUUCGGCGCAGAACGCAAAAUAAUGUCCGUCAGGCAACGAUCCACGCGAGGGUUUAGGGAUUUCAUCAGGUCGCAACGGUCCAUCCAGGGGCUGCACAGGACACCGACACCCCGCCCGCCCGUACGGUUAUAUGCACUCAAGACGGUCAUAGCACGGGAUUUUCCCUGCCAUGGCGUGCAUCAUAGCAACUGAGGUAGCUUGCAUAGCUCCAGCUGAAAUG